AUGCAAGUACUUGGGAGCCUUCCACUUGUUCUAUUGCUUUUGGCAAGAGUUCAAGGUGAUUUGAUCUCCAUCAAAAGAGGAAAUAACGAGACUGCAGCGUGCAUAACUUCCAACUUCGAAUCUGCUGUAGCAUUUGUUAAAACGCCGGAUGCCACCGAUGAUUUCACCAAAGUGGAGUACUUGGACGACAAAGGAAAGCCUUUAUUGAUGAGUGAGUAUGACUGUGAUUUGGUCCAGAAUGCUUCUUGCAACAAAUGGAACAAGAAAAAAGAUGACAAGAUAACAUGGGUGACAAGCAUACCCACGGAUGGCUUUAUCACUGAUUACCGCUGGAAUGACCUACCCAUACUACGCAGAAACAAAUUAAUAAAAUUCACGAAAGUAGGCGUACCUUUCCAUUUUUCCAUUCUGUCAAAAAACAAGGUUAAAAUAGAGGUCUCAGACGGUAGAGGGAAUGGAGAAACUAUUCAAGCAGUUAUCCAUCGCUGCGCACAGAAAAAUUCACCUCUCAUUCAAAUAUCUGAUAUGAAAGGACCGUUUGUGAAUGUUACAGAUGAGAGGAAAAAUGUUCUUCACGAUUGUGGCACGUGGAUUCACCUAACAAUUAAUACCAACCGCACAAACAAUACAUUAAGGAUCGUGGAAAAUGAGAAUCGACUUGUCCUAGCAUUCAGACGAUUGAAGCAUGGUUGCGGAAAUUUAAAUUGUUCAAUCGCUUUCGGGGAUGAUAAGAAACUGCUGGUGAAAAUCCAUAAAUUCAGUUAUCUUUACUCGCGCUCUAAUAAUGAAGCGAUGACGAUGAAAGCAAGUAAAAAUACAGUUGGAUUUUGCGUUGACGUUGUUUUUUACUUUGGAGAAAAGGCCACUGGAAUGAUAUUUAACUUAACAAUCACGCAAGGAGAUGAGGUGGUGCAAAAAUUUACUCAGGGUGCUAACACAAAAAGUAAAUGGGUCACGAGGAGGUUUGCAAACGAAAGUUUAACACUAAACGCACCUUGGAAACUGAAGGUAACGGCCGAAACACCAAACAUUUAUAUUGGCGGAAUCAAAUUUUGCGCUGGAGGUGAUUACAACAUCGUCAAACCAAAGGGGAACCACAUGGAAAGCUGUCAUUUGUUGGAGAUGAAUGAUAUUAUACCAACAACACAGGAAAAAUUGACAAAAGUCGCUGGAGAUGUGAUCUUAUGUGAAGCGCUUGGAGGGAAUUGUGCUGAAUUUAAAGCAUGUGGGGAAAACGGAACUUGUGUUCCUUUCACUGAUAAUACGAAUGAUACCAAAAUGGUAGAUUCGAACAUAAAUCCACCUAUGAAGACUUCCAAUACACUUGCUGCGACGGCUGCGACAACGGAACAUCUAACCCAGCCAACAACAACAGCAAUAAUAAAAACAACGGCUGGAGAAACUUCUAAUAGUAUGAUUUUUUCAACAUUUUCAACAUUAUUUGUUAAAGAUACUACAUCAAUCUCAACCGGAAUAACCGGAUCGUCAACAAACACAACUAUUGCCAAAACUCAAGGGAUCCAGAGUACAACAACCCCUUCAACGAAGCGAAAUGAAACGGGAACGGAUCUACACACCAAGGAAAAUGAAUCUUGCGAGGCUAAAACGAAAAGGCUCCGCAACAUGGUUAUUCUGACGACCAGCUGGAACAUCGGAAGCUACACCUUUCUUGUAUUCCAGUUUUUCUACUAUCGCUAUUUAAAAAAGCUGCAGGAUUCAAUCCAUAAAAACCGACGCCGGAAAAGAUUGCCCACUCCUUCUCUAAGAGAUGAGCAAGCCGUGGCUGAAACCAGCUUCACGACAACCACUCCACCGCGCCUUAAUGCCUAAAAACUAACAGGAUAAAAAUAAUUGUACUCUAUUAAGAACAUGUUUUUAA